UAACAGAACUUUAGUUGAGGAACUUAACUAAGUUUGAAAUUAAACACAAAACCACGCUGACGCUUACAAAGAUAACUAGUUGUUAGCGACGUGAUUGAAAGUGGACAAACGGUUUUCUAAUGAUACCAUCUGUCUAAGAACUUGUCUUACUGCCAACAAGUGGAUUCUUUUGUCAGAACCACGGGUUGUUCCUGGAGCCCAUCCUUCUUCUGCCCACAGGUUUGAUGUGAAUCAUUUCAAAUAUUUACUCUGACUCUGUCUCCGUGAACAGCUUGCUGUCAAACGUCCAACCUCUUCCUUGACCCAGCUGUUUGACUUUCACUGUGAAUCAGUGUUUAGAGGAAGCAUGUGCCUGACAUUUGAUUGAUUUUUCUCUCUGACCUGCAGAACAGAUGUGUGUGUGUGUGAGUGAGAGGAUGUGUGCGUGUGUGUGUGAUUCUGCCUGCCACUUAGACUACAGGGAAAAUCCAUGGAGUCUGGGGUUGCCAUGGUAACAGUAAUCACUUUUAAUUCGGCGUCAGGGAGGAACAGGGGCUAAAGGUGGGUCGGAGCUGUGGAGCAGGUCAAUGGUAGAAGAAAACCACAGUAAGAGUGGAAACAAGGUCUCCCUCUGGUUAUUGACACUGCAGGUAUUGACAGCGGUGGAGACAAAGACUGAAGUCAGUGAUGGUUAGGAUGGAGACGGUGGAGACAGUUUGUACAAAUACCUCUCCGUCGGAGUCUCCGGGGGAUUCAAACGCUCCUCCUCUGUCUUUGCCGCCUCUCCUCCUUCACCUCUCAGAGAUAAUAAUCCCUACAUCGACUUUCAUCGACAACCUCUUCUCUCUCUCUUUUUUUUUCUACGCAGCCCAGAAAGGAGGAGAGAGGACAUUAAUUAUGCAUUACCAUUUUUGCCCCAUCUCCACCUCCUUAUCUGUCUCUACGUGUGUACCUCCACUUUUCAUUUUUGUCCUCCUCUCCGCCUCCCUCUCUGCGUUAAGAAUAUCAUUAAUGAGCGGGCGGGAGACAGACAAACGGCACGAAGGACGGAGCUUGAUGCUAAUUAAACUGUUUGCUUUGUUUUCUAUGUCACACUGCUCGGCCGCCUGCUGGCUUUUACACACACACACACACACACACACACGUAAAGUGAGUGUGAGCCUUGAGUGGAAGUCAAGUAGAAAAAGCCUGGAAUAAAAAAACACCACCUGCCACUCAAGCCAGCAUCCUUGUAGUACACUACACACACACAUACACACUCACACACACACACUCUCACAUGAUCACUGGUCCAUAAUUUUCCGCCACACUCCCCUCUCAGCCAAUAAGGUGGCUGGGAUUUGUGAGAUUGUUUGGGUGGGAGGAGCACAGAGUGCAGCUGGCUGAUUGACAGCACGCGCCCUACAGGUGGAGAGAAGAACAGAGAGAAAGAGAGCAGGAGGGGAGAGAGAGAGAGGGAGAGACAGAGUGGGGGAGAGAGAGAGGGAGAGAGAGAGUAGAGGAGAAGACAAACAAGGAGUGAGUGAGGAGAAGAGGAGCAGCUCCAAUCAGACUAUUCAUGAACAUACUGUAUUCACUCGCACCUACGCACACACACACACACACACACACACACACACACUCAUACGUCCACUCCCAGUGCUCCUCUCCUCCUCUCCUACCUUGGGAGCGUGCGUCGCUGAGUUAACCAUCAGUGUUGUCAGCACCUCCACCACAGCUGGACCAGGAUGAGCCAGUGCAGGAAAAGGUGCAAGAGGCAGCUCACCAAGGUGGCUCGCUAUUUCUACCGCUUCCUCAUGGGAACGCUCAGCCAAGACAGCGUGGAAGAUGAUUUUGAAUUAUCCACUGUGUGCCAUCGCCCUGAGAGCAUGGACAAGCUGCAGGAGCAGACCAAGUUCACCAAGAAAGAGCUGCAGGUUCUCUACAGGGGCUUCAAAAAUGAAUGUCCGAGUGGUGUGGUAAACGAGGAGAACUUUAAGAACAUUUACUCCCAGUUUUUCCCUCAGGGAGAUUCCAGUAUGUAUGCACAUUUCCUGUUUGAAGCCUUCGACACUGACAAGAACGGCUCUGUUAGUUUUGAGGACUUUGUCUUUGGCCUGUCUAUCAUUCUUAGAGGGACAAUUAAUGACCGGCUAAACUGGGCGUUCAACCUGUACGACCUGAAUAAGGAUGGCUGCAUCACCAAAGAGGAGAUGUUGGACAUCAUGAAGUCUAUCUACGACAUGAUGGGGAAGUACACUUACCCCACGAUGCAGGAUGAUGCCCCCAGAGAUCAUGUGGAAACCUUCUUCCAGAAAAUGGACAGAAACAAAGAUGGAGUGGUCACCAUAGAAGAAUUCAUUGAAUCAUGCAAAAAGGAUGAGAACAUCAUGCAGUCCAUGCAGCUGUUUGACAAUGUCAUCUGAGAAUCUGGACCAGUCGUAAAAUUGGCACCAGGAAAAGGUUAUGCCUGUGUGUGUAUAUGUGUGUGUGUGUGUGUGAGAGAGAGAGAGAGAGAGAGAAACAGUGUGUGUGCUUGUGGCCUUGCAAGCUUGUCUCUCUGUUGAGAGCUGUGAGUCCUGGGGGAUCUGAGAGCGACCCCACCACCGCCCAUCUUCUCUUCCUUCCUGGAACCUCGGCUUCUCUCUGAAACACUUCUCCUGGCAACCAGCCUUUGUUGUCACGUAGAACUUUAGUUUUUGACUCAGAGACACCAAGUAAGGAGGAAAGCAGCAGUCUCACGGCACUUGCACACUCCAAGAUCCCUAAUUUGUUUAAACCUUUAUUUAUUGCAGUUAUGGUUUAAGGAACUAUUGAAGCCUCGAAUUGCGGAACUUCAGAGAGAAACAGUUUUAUCCAAACCUCGAACCAGGGGAGGAGUUCUGUGUGUCAGAGCUGAAAUUUGUGAAUCUAAUUCUGCUUUUAAGCAUGUGUGUUGACUUUCCCCAUGGAGAAGACCAAUCGUGUGUUUGUUGAGAGGCUGGAAAUCAACAAAUCUGCCGCCAUCUAGUGGACACAGAAAGACACACUGUAAGGGAACGAAACAAAUCCAAGGAAUCACUUUUUGCAAAGGGACCGAUUUUAAUAUCGCAUGAUGAUGUCACAAAUAUCCAACUACGUAUUUACAAAGAUACUCCAAAGUCUGCUUUUCUGUCUGUUGUUCCUCGUCAUUCACAGGUGCCUCGCCUCGUGUACGCGUGUGUAUGUGUGCAUGUGUAAACGGAUAGAGAUGUCACCCAUCUUACCUGUCUAAGACUCAAAUGGGAGAAAACUUACUCCCAUAGCUAGUAGAUCCAGUCCUGGCCUUUCAAACUGUUACUGUUCUAGCUGUAGGCGUCUACUGACUGUCAAACCUUUCCCAGCGUUCCCACCAAGUAUGGGGAUACAAUAAAGUGGUUGAGACAUCUGGGACGUCCAUCUUCUCUGACGACAGGCUUGGCUUUCAUCAGUCAUACUAGUCCGAUUCAUAUUUGUUUCAUUCAAAGGGAGUUCAUUAGCUCGUUAUUGUGAUAUUCUUGGAUUUGUCACGUGGUCGUAGCAGGCUCUGCCAUUUUUCACACAGUCUAAAAAGCCUUGUUUGUUUUAUUUAGCAUUUUACCAGUUUUUUUCACCCAUUAAAAAAAGCAAAGUAAUUGUGUUUUACUUAGUUAGUGAGAGCUGUGGUUUAUUUUGGGUUUGUUUUGGUGCCCGUCCUCCCAUGACUUAUCCUCCCUCUCUCUGAAACACCAAAGAGAAGAUUUAAGAGACAGACACAAAAGCUACUCUUACGUUGACAAAUAAAGCCCAUCCGUGGGUGAAGAGAGAGGGGGAUGCUGUGAAGUAAUUAAGGCAAGGGGCAAUCAGAAAUAAUUCACAACGUUUUUCAAGUAACUCUCAACCCUAAUACGUGUUUGGCUCCUAGGUUCAGCUGGGGACAUGUGUAUUAGCCCUCUGAAUGUGUUGUGAUACAGAGUUUAUCAAUUAGACACACUUAAUUGUCAUUUGUUUUCAUUUUAGUUAAGUUGACAAAAAAUAAAAUGGACUUAACUAAGAUUUUAUCUAAAUUUAAAUUUAACAUUUUCAUGCAUAUGAAGUUUGUAAAACAGAUUCUAAUAGGAAACUGUUUUAUUAAACAUUAUUAUUAUUUAUAUUGCUUGUUAAUAAAUAAUCAUAGAAAAUAUAUUAUUUGUAUAAUUAUUAUUAAUUAUAUAGUAUUACAUUAUUAUCUGACGUGUACAUGCACGUUGAAUGACAAAAUUUACACUGAGGUUUACUAGUUUUAACAAGCUUAAGGAAACUCCAUGGUCUUAAGUCAUUCCAGAUUUGAUGGGUUUUUUUCUUUUCUUUUUAUGUUAAUGAAUUAUGAAAGCCUUCUGAACUUCAGAACAUAUUUUCAUGAGUCUGUUUUUGAAGCAUUUAGGAGACUUACAUUAAACUCAUGAGGGCUAAUAACAUUGUCUUCAGCUCUGCAAACAGAAAUGUCCAAAUUUUGUUUAAUAACCUCCUCAUAUGACAAUAUAACAUUUUAAAAUCGAUGAUUCACAGGCACACAAGCUGACCUAUGGAUGGUAGUGUCCACCUAUACAAACAGUAAUAGCAAUAAUUGUCUCUUCGUAUCAGCACCUUUACACUCAUCCAACCUCGUCAUUACACUCAGAGCACAGCACAAGGGUGCACAAAGACCCGGAAUAAAAAUAUAUGCACUUCUAGCUCUGUAUAAUAAUUUUUCUUAAAAAAUUGUGUUUGUUUCCUCCAGAGGUUGAGAGAGAGAGAGAGAGAGAGAGAGAACUGGCUCUGAUUGUUCCUUGCCAACAGUUUUUAACUUCCAUUCCCAUCCACUAAACAAACCUGUCUCUACCCGCAUGUACUGUGUCUAGAACAAUGAAAACCUAAUAAUAACCUGUUGUACUGACUGUCUAGUUAGUUAGCCUCAGCUGGUUGCAUUAAAUAUUUAAAAUAUGUAUAUUUUGUACAGAGACAAUAAAUAAAAUAAAAAAAAAUCAGUUACUAUGCAACACUGUCUGGAGUGUGAAUUAUCAUCACUGCAUUCUGUUUUAAUCUAAAUAAAACAUGUUCUUAAA